UUCUCACCUACUUCAACUCCUCUCCCUGUCCCAGGGAGGGGAGAAAAGGUCUGGGAUUCAUUGCCAGGAGGGGCUUUCCCCCAGGAUUUCCUACUUCUUUCUUUAUUGCUGUGCUUGAAGCUCACAGGAGACCCCUCAAGAGGUGGUCACUGGCCCACAGCCCACCCCGUCCUCCACCUGCCACCUCCACCGUACCAAAUGCUGGCUCUGCUCUCUCCUCCGUGUUUGUCCUGUCAAGAGAGAUGGUUGUGGUCAUGAAGUUCUUCCGAUGGGUUAGACAGGCUUGGCAAAGGAUUAUUUCCUGGGUUUUCUUCUGGAGGCAGAAAAUUAAACCAACCAUCUCAGAACACCCUGGCUCCAAGAAACACUCAUUGAAGAAGAUGGAGAAGACUCUCCAGGUGGCUGAGACUUUGAGGUUGGUCGAGUCCCCAAAAGAGGCUAAACCCAAGUUGGCUGAGUCCCCCAAGCUGGCAGAUCCCUGCGUGCUGGCCAAGACUACAGAGGGGACCAAGGUGGAGCUGGGCCGACAGGGCCGAUCCCUGCUGCAGCUGCCGAGGACGGCCGUCAAGUCUGUCUCUACGCUCAUGGUCUCUGCCCUGCAGAGCGGCUGGCAGAUGUGCAGCUGGAAGUCAUCAGUGAGUUCUGCCUCAGUCAGCUCCCAAGUGAGGACUCAGUCACCUUUGAAGACGCCAGAGGCUGAGAUGCUGUGGGAGGUGUACCUGGUGCUGUGGGCUGUUCGGAAACAGCUGCGCCAGCUGUCCCGCAGGCAGGAGAGGCACAGACGGCACCAUGUCCGAUGCCAUGCUGCCCUUCGACCCAACCCGGCUCAGUCCCUGAAACUGGAUGCCCAAAGUCCCCUCUAGGGGGGGAACCCCAGACCCUCAGAGAGUCCCAACCUCAUUCUUACCUGGGGUCCCAUAUAAGCCCCUUCAUUCCCCUUCAUUCCAUGUAUUCCAUUUGUAAAAAAAAUUAUCAAAAUAUUGGGAAAUAAAUAUCAGAUAGUUCUGAGUCAG